UUGCAGUCUGGUUGCAAGCCUUACCCAGAGCGCAUAUAGCUAGUAUUUUGUUAUUGUACAGUAACAUCUAAAAAUGUUUAUUUCAAGAAAUUGGGGACUUGAGCUCUGGCUCCAGUUCCUUUUGCUGGCAGUACUCAAUUUUACCUGUUCUCCAGGCUUUGUUCAACUGUCGAAUGAAUAUAUCAAUGACAUAAAAGCCGAUGAAGCAGCCGAGCAAGCAAAUGGAGAGUAUAACUAUGAUCAACAAGGCAAUGAUUGGCAGGGAACAUGCCAAGAUGGACUGCAGCAAUCGCCCAUUGAAUUAAUCUAUAGCAAGGCAAAUGUGACCUCCAUAUCUCGUAUACGGUUUUACAACUACGAUCAGCCAUUGCAGUCGCCUCUAGUCCUAACAAACAACGGACAUACAGCGAACAUGGUUUUGCCACCCACACGUAAUGGGCAGCGUGCAUACAUCAAUGGUGGCUUAUUGCCGGGCAGCUUUGAGGCACAAAGUGUUCACUUUCAUUGGGGUUCCCCCAACAGCAAGGGAUCCGAGCAUACUAUCAAUUAUGAGCGUUACGAUGUCGAAAUGCACAUUGUUCAUAAAAAUACUCGAUAUGCCGAUAAAACUGUGGGCGAAGCCAGCAUGUUUGCGGAUGGUCUGGCUGUUCUGGGUGUAAUGUUUAAGGCUGUGCCAAGGCUGUCAUCGCAGCAUACCGGGCUAGUUAGGAUCUUUAAUCAGUUACCCCUGAUUACUGAAUACCAGUCCAGUACAAUGGUUAAUGGACGAUUAACCGCAGGCCAGUUGCUGGGCAACAUUAUCACUGGCAGGUUUUACUCAUAUAACGGAUCAUUGACCACGCCUGACUGCGCCGAGUCAGUUACUUGGACUGUUUUCCAGGAUGUUGUCGAGCUGCCUAGACGACAGAUCAUGAAACUUUGGAAUUUGCAGGACUCACGCAGGUAUCCUUUAAUAAACACAUACCGCGAUAUACAGGAUACAAAUGGUAGACCAGUUUACUACAGAAAUCUCCAAUAAAAA